UCACAAAUUUAGCCCGAUUACUGUUCUAAUAAAACUAAAUUUCUUAAAAUUAACCUUUUUAGACACGUAAAGCAGGCUAAAAACAUGUAAAAACAGAAGGAAAAAAAAAGAAAAAUUCAUCAAAUUCUUCAGGUUCAACAACACCCUUUAAAGCUCGAAAUUUAUAUUUAGAUAGUUAAUGUGUAAAGCGCCAAAGUAAUUUUAGCGAUAGAGAAGUGUUUUUUUUUUCGAUUUUUAUUGAAGUUUUACCUAAAAACACCAUCAAACUAAAACCUAAAUGUAGAAUUUAUAGGAAACUAAACUUAAGUCUCGAUAUAUUUGAUUUUCUUUCUAAUGUUUCACUAAUAGCUACCAUUGUUGACAAUGUAUAAUGGGUUCUCUUCUAUGUCUCUCUCUCUCUCUCUCCUUCUCUCUCUCUCUCACUCGUUCUGCCUGUCUGUCUGUACCAUCAGUCAACAAGAGUGACUACGGCUUCACUGGUGGAGGUAACCAGGCUUGUGCAGGUGCAGGGCCAGGAUCGGGGCGUACGAAUUUCACGACCAAACAGUUAACAGAACUUGAGAAAGAGUUUCACUUCAACAAAUAUUUGACGAGGGCAAGAAGGAUCGAAAUUGCCACCGCCCUUCAACUUAACGAGACUCAAGUGAAAAUCUGGUUCCAGAACAGGAGAAUGAAGCAGAAGAAGAGGAUGAAAGAGGGCCUGAUACCCGGUGAACCCGCCUCGAAGGAAAACAACAGCCCCACCUCAUCCUCAAGCCCUCCUAACAGUGGCUCCGCCCAAAAUCAGACUGCACUUACUUCAAAGGAUGCUAACCAGUGAGCGAAAGUAAUGUGUGUGCGUGUGCGUGUGUUUUUUCGCGGCUGUUUUCGUCGUACUCCGAACCGAAUUAUGUACAGAUGAUGCCGAAGAUGAUGAAGAUUAUAUAAAUAAAUAUAUAUAGAUAUAUAUAUAUAUAUAUAAAUAUAAAAGACUUUUUAAAAUAUAAAUUAUUGGGACUAUCUAACGAUCGGGGUGGGGUGUGUGUUUCACGCCCCGAUCGUACAGUCUGCCAUCCCUAUAUAUCGCGUAACUAUCAUGUAUUUUUCUACCGAGUUGCCCCCCUGUGCGAUAGCGGGCCCUAGGGGGCCUACAUAUAUGUAUAAAUAUGGAUAAAUAUAUACCUCACACACACAGGUGCCAGCCUAUUUGGAUCAUGAAAAGAAUAAAA